AUGUGGACUAUCCGGGGUGUUCUCGUCCUGGCGCAGCUCCUUGUGGGAGCUAGCGCGGACUACAGGUCCAAGAUCGAAGUGAUUCGCAAUCCAGCCUUCCCCCUCGAUGUGGUUGACAAGUUGGAGGAGGAUACCAUGGCCAAGGUCGAGGCCUAUAUGGCGAAGAAGAUCGCCGCCGGCAAGAACAACGGGUGCACGCUCGAGAACGCAGCCGUGCGGAGGGAGUGGAGCGACCUCAGCAACGAGCAGCGGGAGGAGUACAUCGCCGCCGUGCAGUGCCUGAUGAAGCUGCCGCCGCGGGCGCCCAAGGACAGGUUCCCAGGCGCGCUCAGCCGCUUCGACGACUUCGUGGCCUACCACAUGUCGCACGCGGCUCAGCUGCACGACCCGCUGCACCUGUUCCCCGCCCACAAGCAGUUCCUCUACGUGUACGAGCAGGCGCUGCGCAACGAGUGCAACUACACGGGCUACCAGCCGUACGAGAACUACGACCGCUACGCCCGGGACCCGAUCCACUCGCCGCUGUUCAACGGCAACGCGUCGAGCAUGGGCGGCAACGGCGCACCCGACCCCCAGUACACGGGCCUACCGCAGCCGGGCCGGACGCCCAACAUCAUCAAGAGCGGCGGCGGCGGCGGCUGCGUGACCGAGGGACCGUUCAAGGACAUGGUGGUCAGCCUCGGCCCAACAUCCAUGUCGCCCUACCACGGCCUCAGCAUCCCCAAGAACCCGCGGUCGGACGGCACGGGGUCCAACCCGCGGUGCCUGCGCCGCGACGUCAACCGCAACGCCGCCAUGGGCGCCACCGCCGACCGCGCCUACAGCCUCAUCACCAAUAACAGCAACAUCGACGGCUUCUACAACCAGCUGCUGGGCAACCCGCCGCCCAAGAACGACCCCUAUCCGUGGGGGAUCCACACCGCCGGCCAUUACAUCCACGCGCUCGACCCGGGCGGCGACCCAGCCACCUCGCCGGGCGACCCGGUGUUCUACUUCCACCACGGCGCGAUCGACCGGCUGUGGUGGAUCUGGCAGAUGCAGGACCCGGACGCCCGCCUCAACGCCGUGCCCACCGGCGGCGGCGGCAUGCCGGGGAUGCCGGGCAUGGGCGGCGGAAGUGCGCAGGACCCGUCCACGGCCGUGAUCGAUCUUGAGUGGCUUGCGGGGCCGAUCAAAUUGCUCGAGGCGCAUGAUCAGUUGGGGGGGAAUGGUGGGGCGUUUUGCUAUGUUUAUGUGUAA